UUUGCUUAAUCAUUAGUAAAAAUAAAACUUUAAUUUUAAAAAUUUAUUUCAUCAUGUUGAUGGGCUUCAAGCCUUCAACUCUUCAAGUAAAACCAGCUGGAAUCAUCAUAGAAAUAGCAGAAAUAGUUUAUUUCUAUGUAUAAUGUCACAUAAAGGUUUCUCAUUUACCGAGCUCGUUUAUUUAAAAAUAUAUAUUUAUUAUAAAUUCAGACACAAAAAUCUUCUUCACCUCUGUGCCCUCGAAGGAGGUAACCAGCAUCAAUAUGCAACUCGCGCAAGCGCCAGUUAAAUAAUAUUUUUGGACAACGAGGUGUCAAAAUUAUCUCCAAAAAAAAAAACAACAUCAUUAACUAGUUAAUGGAAGUUGAAACAAUAAUACAUAAUAAUACAUAAAAUGUUGAGCCUUCAAGACACAGUUGAAAAUAAUUCAGGAUCACUAUCAGUAUCAAAAGCUGAAGAUAAUUUAUCAAGCAGUGAUGAUCAGAUUUUAAAUCAAAUUCCAGGGAGGAGUAACGUCGCUAGUAACAGCAUAGAACAAAUAUCAUAUGCACAAUCAACAAAAUCUUCAUCCAAAGAUUUAAGUAUUAUUUCUCAUAUGCAAUCUUUGACUUCUUAUGAUCAUGAUAAAAAAAGAUAUUGUCUAUGGACACUGACAUUAAUUCUUGCUAUUCUUGGAAUUUUAAAUAUGCUCAUGAGUAUUGUUAUCAUGCACGUUUUACGAGUAUCCAAAGGCAUGGAAUCACUUGAAAUAAUAUCUGAUAAAAAUCUCAUGAAAUUUUAUGGUCGAACUGACCUAGAUAAUAUUUAUCUUGAGAAAGGUAUUGUUGAGGGCUAUGGAAAUAUUCCAAUGACUUUAAAUGGUGAUAAUUCUGGUAUUAAAAUAAGAGUUAAAAAUAUACGUCAUAAAAAUCCAAAAGCUGAAAUUGAAAUUUCAAAAAAUGGCACAAAAAUAACACGUGUUGAAUCAUUUAAUGUUAAAGAUAAAAAUGGUAAUUUAAUAUUUUCAACAAAUUUUCCAAAUUUUGAAUUACCAAAAGGUGUUAAAAAUAUUAAUGUUAAAAUUGCACAAACACAUAGAAUUGUAUCACCACUUAAUAAAUCAUUGAGACUUGAAUCAAAUCGUCAAGUUGAAUUACACGGUGCUGAGAGUUUAAGUAUGGAAGGUAAAGAAGUUAUUUGGAUGGCUGAUAAUGAUAUCAGACUUAAAAGUAAUAGUAGUAUUGUUAUUGAUGGUAAAAAUGGUAUUUUUAUUGAUACUAAAAAAAUACCAAUUGCAUCAACACAAUAUCCUCAAAAUGACAAAUUAACAGGACAAUAUAAAAUUUGUGUUUGUAUGCCACAAGGAAAAUUAUAUAAAAUUCCAGUAUCAAUUAAAAAUACAAGAAUUAAUUGUGAUAAUAUUAGAACACCCGAUAAUGAUCCUUGUUUGGAUUGAUAUUUUUUAUAUUUAACACGAACGUUUUUUAUACCGACAUGACAAUAUAAUCACUGACUUCCAAAAUGUUAAAAGGACAUGUUAUGAAAAAUCCAAUUAUCAAGUACUAACGGCGGCCUAUUAAUGCAAUAAAUAAUGUAACGAUAAUUCUAAA